UGGGGAUACUCGGCCCACGUGUACGAGCGGGUGAUGCCACGAAGCCACCUUCGCAGCCCCAUCGAGACGUUCACUGCCUGGAUCGACAGCGAUCGCCCCCCGCCUUUCUACAUGUUCAACACUCGCUUGCCCACAGGCGAUCCCUGCGAAGCUCCCCAUGUUUUCUUCCUCCGGGAUGUCAUUGUCAAACACUCCUCCGCACCCGGGAUUAUCACCACUUACGAGCGUGCAGCCCCGCGCCCUAUGAAUCCGUGCCUCUGGUGCGACCCUCACUGUCCCGAUGUCCUAACUCAUAUUCGCGUCUUCUCCCCCGCCACCAAACGCAUAGGGAAGGAUCGAUGCGAAUGCUGUGAUGUUAUCGCCGGUAACGGAACUACAGCUGAUGUUAUAUUUAGGGAAUGCGGGAGUAGUGAAAUCAUAGCUUAAUAUGCCAAUUUUUAU